UGCGCAGUUCAACACCGUGGGGUUUUGCUGACUCAUCUUUUUCGAGCGAGAAGCGAAAGCAAAGCGAAGGAAUCAACCAACUGAUCGGAGUGGACGUCGAAUUGAAGUCCCCAAGAACAGAAGGCCAGGUAAUCAGGACAGGCACAAUCUUCAUCUCCUGAUAUUUGGGAGCUGUUAAUUGAGAGCAGUAGAUAGUGUUUCUGCAGCCAUGUCUGCGACCAAGAUACGGACAAGUAGCUUCUCUCGGAACUUUCUGGCUGCAAACUCACACCAAAUCCCUGGACUAAAGCAUGGUCCCAAUGGCACAAUGUUUAUUUCAUCCGGGAUACCAGACCUUGACAAGAUUUUAGGUGGUGGGUUUUCUCUAGGAAGCCUAGUUAUGGUGAUGGAAGAUGCAGAAGCACCCCAUCAUAUGCUUUUGCUUAGGAGUUUUAUGUCUCAAGGACUCGUCCACAACCAACCCCUUCUCUAUGCAAGCCCAUCCAAGGAACCCCGGCAAUUUCUUGGUACUUUGCCUAGCCCAGCGGUACCCAAAGAUGACAAGUCUAGUCAUCGAGAUCCUGAUGAGGAGAAAGGGUUGAGGAUAGCUUGGCAAUAUAAAAAGUAUUUUGGUGAAAAUCAACAGAGUGUUGAUAGAGAUGGAAAACAUGAGUUCUGCAAUGAGUUUGACUUGCGGAAGCCCUUAGAAAGGAAAUUUUUAAGCGGCAAGCGUAUAGAUUGCGUUAGCAUUCAAGAUUCUCCAAAUCUGAUUACCCUUCAUGACCGUUGUGCAACCUUUUUAUCUCAAUUUCCAAGAAGUGAUGGCAGCAUUUCGUCCGUUGGUCGUAUUGCAAUUCAAUCAUUCUGUGCUCCACAGUGUGAAUAUACCGACAUGGAAUGGGACAUGCUUUCCUUUCUUAGAUCUCUAAGAGCCAUGGUCAGAUCUUCAAAUGCAGUUGCUGUUGUGACAUUUCCACCUAGUCUUCUUUUGCCAUCCUUUUCUAUAAGAUGGCAGCACAUGGCAGACACCUUGCUGUCAGUCAAAGCAAUUCCAGACGAGGACAAGGUGGAAAAGCUCCUUACUGGUUACCAGGACAUGGUAGGGCUUCUCAAUGUGCACAAGGUAGCACAGAUUAACACACAGGUUCCUGUGAUCCUUGAGGCAACAACGUACUCAAUGAAGUUGAAAAGGCGGAGGUUUAUGGUUUUAGAAUGUCUAAACCAAGCCCCAAUCGAUGGUUCAAGUGGGAGUUCGUAUGGCACUUCGGGUAGUUGUUCUGUCUCCUCCAAAACUGGGGCUCUUGAUUUUUAACUCCCUACUUAUAUUCCUCUUUUGAGAUGUCACUGAUAAAAAAAUUCAGCUUGUUAACUCAACUCUAAGAGUCAGCCAUCAACCAUGAUGGCAAAUAGCUCCUUGUGUUUCUACAAAAUGUUUUGUUUUAGCGAAAGAAAUAGCAAGAAUUAGAAUUUCGGAAUUGUUUAUUUCUCUGAUCAAUGUUUCAACAGGUCGUGUUUUACAA